AUGGAACUCGAAUAAAAGUAAUAACCAGUUAAUUUAAAAGAGCUUAAUCUUUCUCGAAUAUCUUAGUCAAGCAUUAAUAUAGAUCCAUAAGAGGAUUACUAUGGAGGCUAUUCAGGAAGAUCAUUAGAAUUGAACAUUAGAGAAUAUCAAGAAGUUAAUGAAUUUAAAAAAAAAAAUCUCCAAAUUGAGUUAUCCAUAGUUGAUUAUUUGAGCUCAUUGAAUAUCAAAAUGAAAACAGAUCCAAAAGCAAAGCAAGAUCGAUACUUUUCCAACUUAAGAAAUCAAAAUAAGCGUAGAGCUUUCACUUAAUUGGAAAUUGAAAAAGACUUUUCUGAUAAUACUCCAGAUAUAAUACUUAAAAGCUCAUAGGUUUCAAUAUAAAUUAAUACUCUACUGGAGAAACGAAAAACUUAAAUAAGUUUUGCAAGCACAAAUUAAAGUAUUUAGAGUCAAUAAGUGAUUUCAUUAUUAUAAUAAGAAGGAAAUAAAUUUUAAAAGUCAUAACUUUAUGAAUGUGAGGAGAUAGAUAGUGUUAUUUCGAAUAAAUCACUUUAUUGA